AUGGCUUCGUCAAACCCACCAAAGGUUUCAGCUCUUCAGAAAAUUGUCCAGAAUCAUCUGGAGUGUGGUAUUUGCUAUGAGCAAUAUACUGAUACCAGAGUCCUUGAUUGUCUGCACAGCUUCUGUAAAACCUGUUUGCAGAAAUACCAGUCUACCAACUACAAAGAUGCUACGAUGCUUAUUUGUCCCGUGUGUCGAAAAAAGACACAACUUCAUCAGGAAGAUGUUCAAGCUCUCAAGACUAACUUCAACAUAACUGGUCUUGCAGAUCAACUGAAGCUGGUCAGCUUAUCUGAAGACAACCAUUGGGUUUGUAAACUAUGUAAGGACAAAAAUGAGGCAACUCAUUUCUGUUUUGACUGCCCUGCGAUAUUUUGUGCAAACUGCUACAAAGUGCACCAGAAAAGCCACACAGUAAACACUUUGAAAGACAUUAGUGAUGGGAAGAUUGCAAGCAAAGAAAGAAAACCAAAACGCCGUCCAGAAUGCCAAACUCAUGAAGGUGAAGUGAUGUGGUUCUACUGUACAACUUGUGAUAAGAUGAUUUGCCAAGCUUGUACUGUCAUAGAUCACCGUAAUCCACAACAUGAGUAUAUUGACUGCAACCAAGCCUCAUCCACAUACAAACAGUCAUUGGCUCAACUCUUUACUCCCCUUGAAGAAACCAUGAAGAAGCUUGAACAAUCUCAAGCAACUGCCUCAACAAUGAAAGACAACCUAAACAUCGCAGUUAAGAGAACCAUGGCAGAGGUGAAGAACAAAGCUGAUGAGAUCAGGGCUGAGGUAACAGCUCAAGAGAGUCGCAUCAUGGAUGAAAUACAAACCAUCCUUAAAGAUCGCAGCAGGAAAUUGGAGGAAUUUGAGCAAGCAGUGAGUGUUAACUUGCAACAAAUACAGCAAUCAUUGCAGAGCGCCAAAGAUGUCAGCAAGAAUUCAUUAGCUCCUGACUUCCUUGCAGUCUAUUCUACUAUCAGUCAGGACUUGAAGGGACUCAGAGAUCAAAAUCAACCCAAGAUAGAUCCGACCCUUUCCGAUCUGAAGAUCACUCCAGGGGUUUGUGACAUCUCCCUGGGUAAUCUGAUUACAAAGGAGCCAAGGUGGAAGCUUUCUUUGAGGUAUGAUGUAGGAAUCAAUGGGGCUGUGGAUAUUGACGCCUCUAUUCCUGGGGAUGAGGUGGCAGUGGCAGACAUUAGGAAUAGAAGAGUUGUAAUCUACGACACUACGGGACACCAGAAGAAAACUAUCGACCUACAACAGAGUCCAUGGGCUGUUGCUGCAUUCAAAAAUCAGUUAGUGAUUGUAGAUGAGACCAACUCUGUCAAGAUGUACAAUAGGAAUGGCAACAAGAUGUUUGAAUUCCACACAGUGCCUCAUAGUGAAGUGGGCAAGACAUCAGUAAACCUUCUGAGUGUAGCAGUCAUAAAUGAUACAAUCAUGGUCGGGGAUUUUGGGAGGUCAGUUAUAACUAAACACAGAUCCAGUGAUGGUUCACUGAUAGACACUGUUUCAGUUCAGACACCACCUUGCUACUUGGCCAUUGACAGCAAGGACAGAGUUAUAGUCAGUGGGAGCCGUCAACAACAAGUAGACAUUGUUGGAGUCGAUGGUGGUACACUUAUCAGCAUCUAUCCAAAGAUCAAUAGUCAACCAGUUGAAGUCUGCAAGGGUGUAUGCUGUGACAGCUCAGCUAUCUACAUUGCAGUGUGCAAUGAGGAUUGCAACACUGGUCAUAUUCAUCAGUAUGACACUCAGGGUAUAUUUCUCAGCUGUAUUGCUCAGGGUCUGUACAUCCCAUAUGGAAUCUCAUUGACAUCAGAUGGUCAGCAGCUUGCAGUGGCAGACAUCAAAUCAGUGAAGAUUUAUAACAAGGUGUAAUGUUAUCUGAUUAUGAUGAUACUGGUAAGAGAAAUAAAUGCUACAAGUACAACAUGUACAUUGACAUGUAAUGACCACAGAGUGUCCAUACAGCUCAAUAAAAAUAAAUCAAGAAUUCGAAAAGAUGUGUGUUAUUCAUUCUUUAAUCAAAUAAUAAUCUGAUCAGUUUAAAUUGGAAACUCACAUUUAGUUCAAUUGAUCAAUAAUAUCAGUAAUACAUUCACACAAUUGUUUUAUUUCGAAUCAUGAUGUGAACUCUUAAUGUUUAAUUAACUCUUCUUAAAACACUUACACAUAUUUGGACAUGUGAAUGGACAUGCAGGAUUUCACUGGAAAUAAUUUGAUUUGAUUCAUUCGAUGUGUUUACAGUUUUGUUGUUGUCCUAAAUCACCCUCAGAUUCUUCCAUGAGAAAUGUUACCAGCCUUUGCCCUCCCAUUUUGUUAUGAUAUUGGAGAGUAAUUCAACACUGUUCAGUAUAAGCCUGCAUGUCCAUUCCAUCAUUUAUGGGUUGUUUGAGGUUCUGAAAAGAUUUACAACUACUCUGAAAAAGUGUUAAUGUAACGGUAGAAGAGUGCUCCCUUUAUUGUUGUUCCUGUCCCAUUCAAGAUUGACCAUGUAUACUUUAAUGACUUGUAAUCAGAAAAUAACAUCUCUGUUAGUUGAGUAGAAUUUGUUUUCAUACUAUCAACGUUGAUUUGUAAAAGAACAACUGUUUUACCUUGUUAUCCAUUAUCUUUCUCUACUGUCUAACCAAUCUUAACUUCAGGAUUGUAUAUGAUUUCGUUUUUAUGUAUUAAAAAUGCCAACAAAAUGUUCCACACAGGGAUCAUACAAUUGUGACGGUAGAAAUUGUCUAUUCAAGAUUGACAAAGUCUACUUCAUUGAUUUGUAAUCAGAAAUAUAAAAUGCUGUGUUAGUUGAGCAGAAUUCAUUCUAUAAACAUCAUGGUUGACUUACAAAGGAACAAUUGUUUACUUUGUUUAUUGUUAUGUUCUUAUAAUGCUCUAUGGCCUAAUUGUAUUGUAUUCUAAUGUAAUACGUUUGUAGUAUUAGUUGUUGAAUAUAAUAGUAAGCAAACAAAUUGCAGAUCAGCCAAAAUAAUGAGGAGCAUUGAAAGGUCAACUCUGAUACCAAUUUUUAAACAAUUACCAGAAAGACUUUGCAACAGACAUCAACUGAAAACACAUUUUACAUUGUUUCUAACCUGUUGCUAGUCGGCUCUUGUGUAAUUUAUGACUAGACAAAUAUUUUUAGUUCAUUAAACUGAACUUGAUUGUUGCUCUGAUAUACAAAGUUUGAAAUCCUACUUGUAUGUAGUUGUUGACCAACUUACUGACACUACAAUCUGAGAAUGAGUAAAUAGGGAGUUCCCCCAACUUGCCUGCUAAGCUGGAUGGCUUUAUACUAAGCACUCUAAAUACUCCUGGAUGACCCUGAAUGUGGGUCAGAUUGAUCCAAACAUGAGUCAGGUCUAAUUGGAUCUAGAGUCAGGAUGAGUAAAUUAUAGAGUUCCCCCAACUUGCUGCUAAGCUGGAUGGCGUUAUACUAAGCACUCUAGAUACUCCUGGAUGACCCUGAAUGUGGGUCAGAUUGAUCCAAACAUGGGACAGGUCUAAUUGAAUCUAGAGUCAGGAUGAGUAAAUAUAGAGUUCCCCAACUUGCCUGCUAAGCUGGAUGGCUUUAUACUAAGCACUCUAAAUACUCCUGGAUGACCCUGAAUGUGGGUCGAAUUGAUCCAAACAUGGGACAGGUCUCAUUGAAUCUAGAGUCAGGAUCAGUAAAUAUAGAGUUCCUCCAACUUCCCUGGUAAGCUGGAUGGCUUUUUACUAAGCACUCUAAAUACUCCUGAAUGACCCUGAAUGUGGGUCAGAUUGAUCCAAACAUUGAUCAGUUCUAAUUAGAUCUAGAGUCAGGGUCAGUUCUGAGUCAGGAAUUUUUAGAGUACAGGGCAACUGUGAAGUAGGUUUGCUCUUGUAGACACAAUUAAUAGUCUGAUCGUGGUGUGGAAAAAGUAGAUCUAGAAAUAUUUGACUCUGAAUCAAUAAACACCAUUGAUCACAGAAUUGAUUGAAAUUUCUGAUGACAUAACUUUAUAAUGGUCUAUGUAGAUUGUUGUAUUCCUAUAUCUUCAUUUGACAAUUGAACUUGUUAUUAUAAAUGAUUCUUCCAAUUGACUGUGAUUACUUUGAUGUUAAGAAACAAGUGUACAUUGUGAUCACGUCAUAUCAAUAUAAACAUUUGUUUGGUAUUAACCAAUGAAGGAAGUUCAGUCUAUUUUCUUUAAUCAAGAUUUUUUUCUGUAGUUAGUAAAAAGAAGUUUGGACUGAUGUGUUAAACUUUCUGAAUUUGCUUUGAUGUUAAGGAACAUGUGUAAAGUGAUUUAAAGAUAAAUAUAAUGUUUUUCCUGUUUGACAUUUAUUGGGAGUUAAUUUUACUGGACUAAGAUUGUUUAUCUGUAGUUAGUUCUAAAACAGUAGUUUAGUUAAUGUUUCAAACUAGGUUUGAUCUGUGUUUAUAUGUUUUAUGUACUGGACACUAUUGGUAAUUACUAAAAAUGUAGAUUGUUGUAUUCCUUUAUCUUCAUUUGACAAUUGAACUUUACCGCCGAGCGGUUAAGAGCACCGAAUUCAGACUCUGGUGUUUCUGACCAGCAGAGUGUGGUUUGGAAUCCUGUGACCU